GGCUGCAUCUCCCAGCUCUACCUUUUCUUUGCCUUGGCUUCCACUGAAUGUUUCUUGUUAGUGACUAUGGCCUAUGACCGCUACUUGGCUAUCUGCCGCCCUCUUCAUUAUCCAACCCUUAUGACACUGCAAAUAAGUACCCGGAUGGUGACAGCAGCCUGGGUGGCUGGAUUCCUCGCCCCCUUGGUUCCUAUUGUCCUCAUUUCUCAGCUUUCCUUCUGUGGGCCUAAGGAAAUCCAUCAUUUCUUCUGUGAUGUUGGGCCCCUGCUGAGGCGCUCAUGUGGUUCUGCCUUUCUCAGCUCAACACUUGUGACAGUGUUGGCCUCCAUGGUCAUCCUCAGCACUUGUGCAUUCACCAUGGUGUCCUACACCUUCAUCAUCUUCUCCAUCCUCCGUAUCCCUUCAGCCAGUGGGAGACAGAAGGCAGUUUCAACUUGUGGCUCACACCUCACUGUGGUGGCCAUUUUCUAUGCCACAACCAUUUUUACAUAUGCACGACCCAUCUCCACUACUGCUUCUGAGCUGGACAAGGUGGUAUCAGUCUUUUAUGCAGUAGUCACCCCACUUCUGAAUCCAAUGAUUUACAGCCUAAGGAACAAGGAGGUCAGGGAAGCUCUGAAGAAACUGGUGAGCAGGAAGCAGGUGUUUGUGAAGAAUAUUGGAACUGUAAUCAUGGUUUGCUGGUAG